AUAAAUUAUGGGGAUUUUUUAGUUAAUUUCUUAGAGAAUAUUUAAAAAUAUUUAUUAUUGGAGAGAGCAAUUUUAGUUUUAAAAUGCAAAAAGCCAGCGGAAAAGAAACCUAUCUUAUUACAAAUACUCUCAAUUGUUUACCAUUUCUGCUGGACGGUCAUUCGGUUUUGAUAGAUUUGCGAAACGAAUCAUCUGUGGCCGGACGUAUUGAUGCCACUGGAACUGAUGGUUUUAUGAAUAUUCACUUAAUAGAUGUAGUGUUUAUAGAUAGAUAUGGUCUUCAAUAUCCCUUCGAACAGUUUAUGGUGCGUCCACGUAUGAUACGUCAAAUACAUUUGCCAGCACAUUUAGAUGCUGAAAGCGCCAUACGUGACUGGUUGGAUCACGGUCGGAAACCGCUCAGGAAGGCGCCACAACGAAAGGGAAAAAUGACCUUUAAAGAAAAACGCGCAAAGCAAAAACACAUAGAGGUUUUGAAUGAAAUAUCAAAAACCCAAAAAUUAUAAUAUAAGCCGCUAAGUAAAUUAAUAAUUUUGUAAUCAGUAAUUUUUUUAUUCUUUAUUUUUUAAUUACAAAAACACUUUAUUUAGUAUUUAUACGUAUAUUGACAAUAAGUACUGCAUAUAAACCAAGCCUUGAAGUUAAGAGAAAAUAAAAAAUGAUUCUUUAAAUCAGUAAUUCAAAUAAAUAUUUGUGUACGCAAUUACACAGAAAAAAUUCACGGCGAAUCCAAACAAGAUUCAAGUAAAGAAA